AUUACUAUGUUAUUGACUGACCGUAAUUUGAAUACUUCUUUUUUUGAUCCGUCGGGGGGAGGGGAUCCUGUUUUAUAUCAGCAUUUGUUUUGGUUUUUUGGUCAUCCUGAGGUUUAUAUUUUAAUUUUGCCCGGGUUUGGUUUAAUUUCUCAUAUUAUCAUAAGUGAGAGGGGGAAGAAGGAGACUUUUGGGUCCCUGGGAAUGAUUUAUGCUAUAAUUACUAUUGGGUUUUUGGGGUUUAUUGUAUGGGCCCAUCAUAUGUUUACUAUUGGUCUUGAUGUUGAUACUCGAGCUUACUUUACUUCUGCUACGAUGAUUAUUGCCAUUCCUACUGGGAUUAAGAUUUUUAGUUGAAUUUCUACAAUUCAUGGCAUGAAGAUUAAUUAUAAUCCCACCCUUUGGUGGGCUAUGGGGUUUAUUUUUUUGUUUUCUAUGGGGGGGUUUACUGGGAUUAUGUUGUCUAAUUCCUCAAUUGAUAUUAUUUUGCAUGAUACUUAUUAUGUUGUGGCUCAUUUUCAUUAUGUUCUUUCUAUGGGUGCUGUUUUCUCUAUUAUUGCUGGGUUUAUUCAUUGGUAUCCCUUAAUUUCUGGGUUUACUUUAAAUAGAUUUUAUUUGAAUAUUCAGUUUGUUUCUAUGUUUAUUGGGGUUAAUCUAACUUUUUUUCCCCAGCAUUUUCUUGGGCUUAGGGGCAUACCACGGCGGUAUUCUGAUUAUCCUGAUUCUUAUUUGGUUUGGAACAUUAUUUCUUCUAUUGGGUCUCUGAUUUCUAUUUUAAGGUUGUCUGUUUUGAUUUUUAUUAUUUGGGAGUCUAUGUCGAGGAAGCGAAAAAUUGUGAAUAUAUUUUUCCUUAAUUCAUCAUUAGAGUGGUUUAAUUCAUUUCCUCCAAUGGGCCAUAGGUAUAAUGAGGUCCCAUCUAUUUAAUUUUAUUUUGUUUU